AUGCCGCCAAAGAAUAAGAAUAAUAAGAAGGGUGGAAAGGCUGCCGAUAAAGUCAAAGAUGAGGCAAAAGCUGGCUCCGUUGCGAGCGAGGACAGCGGUGUUGUCUUGUUGGCUGAAGACAUGGAGGCAAUGAGCCUGUCUGGUAAAUCUCCAUCUGAUAUCAACAGAAGUGUCACUGGUGUCUUGACAUCCCACAGAGACUCACGAGACAUCAAAGUCGAACUCUUCUCAAUGUCCUACUUUUCCCAAGUCCUCAUCCAAGAAACUACCAUCGAACUCAACUUUGGUAGACGUUAUGCUCUCAUCGGUGCUAACGGAUCUGGUAAAUCCACAUUCUUGAAGGCUCUAUCUUCCGGUGAAAUACCGCUCCCAAGUCACAUCGAUACAUAUCUGUUGCGCGAAGAAUACCCCGCUACGGACAAGAGUGCGCUUGAAGCUGUCAUGGAUGUCUGUGAACAGGAAGUCAAGCGUUUGGAACAUGAAAUGGAGACUAUUAUGGUUGAAGACCCAGAAUCACCACUAUUAGACGAUAUUUAUGCCCGUCUCGAUACCCUAGACCCUGCUACCUUUGAAACUAGAGCUGCAUCCAUCCUCAUCGGUCUAGGUUUCACUGAUAAAACAAUGCAGAAAAAGACUCGUGACUUGUCUGGUGGUUGGAGAAUGAGAGUCUCCUUGGCUAGAGCUCUAUUCGUACGUCCUACUCUGCUCUUGUUGGAUCAACCUACAAAUCACUUGGAUUUGGGUGCUGUCGUGUGGUUGGAAAACUACUUGGCUCAAUACGAUCGUAUCUUGUUGAUGAUUUGUCAUUCUCAAGAUUUCAUGAACUCUGUCUGUACCAAUAUUAUUCACUUGACUCCCCAAAAGAAGGUCUUCCAAUAUUAUGCUGGUAACUUCGACUCCAUGGUCAAGACCAAGGAAGAAUUGGAAGUCAACCAAGCCAAGGCGUUCACCAAACAACAAGCUGAAAUCGAUCACAUGAAAAAGUUCAUUUCCUCUGUUGGUACUUAUGCCAACUUGGUCAAACAAGCCAAAUCCAGACAAAAGAUUCUGGACAAGAUGGAAGCCGCUGGUUUGGUAGAAGAAGUCGAAAAAGAAAAUAUCUGGAGCUUCCGAUUUGGUAGUGCAGGUCAACUCCCACCACCAGUCCUGUCAUUCACAGGAGUGUCCUUCUCGUACAGCGGCAAGAAGGCCGAUAAUAUUUAUGAAGACCUUGAAAUGGGUGUCGACACCGAAUCCCGUAUUGCUCUUGUCGGACCAAACGGAGCUGGUAAAUCCACCCUCCUGAAACUCAUGAUGGGAGACUUGGCCCCAACAGCAGGUUCCAUUGGACGACACACCCGAUUAAAGAUGUGCAAAUACUCUCAACAUUCAGCGGAUCAGCUAGAUUUGACUGUAUCAGCAAUCGAUUAUCUACGAAAUAAAUUCCAGGACCAGCCUCAGGAUAUCUCACAUUGGAGACAACAGGUUGGGCGAUUCGGGUUGACUGGUAAAUCACAAUUGUGUCCUAUUGGACAAUUGUCUGAUGGACAAAAGUCUCGUAUUACAUUCUGUGAAUUGUCAUUGUCCAAUCCAAACGUGAUCUUGUUGGACGAACCUACUAAUGCAUUGGAUAUUGAAACAAUUGAUUCUCUUGCUGAAGCUCUGAAUGCAUUUGAUGGUGGUGUUGUCCUUGUGUCUCACGAUUUCAGACUGAUCUCGCAAGUUGCAGAUCAAAUUUGGGUGUGUGAAAACAAGAAGAUAACGCCAUGGGAAGGAACCAUCUCCUCAUAUAAGAAGAAACUACAAGGCGAUGUUGUUGGUAAAAAGUAG